AAACUUGAAAAGGUUGCUCCCACAUCCAAGAAGACCUUUCCUUAAACAGCACUAACUGCGACCCAAUUUCAAUAAAUUUAUAAUCAAAUUACAAAGUACAACAAAAUUUCCGAAUACCGAGAUCACCACUUCGCAAUGAAACUAUUCGUCUUGCUCAUUUCUUUCGCACUGACACUUGGUCAAGAUACUGAGUUCCAAUCUUUGGGCGACUCUAUGAGAAACAUAAUAGCAAAAUAUGGCGAAAAGGAGACACUUCGAGUAUUCCAAGAGGGGAGGAUCGAAGCGAGGAUUUCUUCCUACAUAGACGAACUUUUCUACAGGAAUAGAACUGAGGGUGAGGAGACGAAGCGGAUCUACGCUGAACUUCAGGACGCACUUUCCGAUAACCGGGAGGCCAACGAGGCCUGGGACAUUGUCGCGAGGGGAAAAGGAGAAAAUCUCGAAGUCGUGAUUGGCGCCGCCUACCGGCUUGACGCCAUCCUGGGAGAAGAAGUUUCUGGAUCGAGGCGAGGCUUCUGGGACUGGGUGAAGAAAAACUGGAAAACGAUCGUUCAAGUCACUGUUGCCGUUGUGGAACUGUUGGUGGCUUAAAAUAACUAGUUAGGGGCCAAGCAAAUAUUGCGUCAUCAAAAAUUAUCGAUUUUAGCAAACACACCCCCAACUUAAGUAUACAUAAAAGGAUAAUGAAUUUUACCACGGGAAAGAUAGCAAGACCUAAACUGCCCAUCCAAUAAAAUGAUGACGUAAUAUAUGGCCGUACCCUAUUGAAUUUUACUAGUCUAUUUAUUCUUGAAUACAUGUUAACGGUUAAAUUUGAAGCAAAAUUAAUGACAAGCCGUACAUAUUUUGAAGUAGGA